ACCGACUCCUCCGAGCUUUGCCGAGGCGGGGAUUCACACAGCUCUCUUCUCCCGUAGAGUUAGUAGUGUGUUGGGAAGCUGCACAGAAGCUCCGGUCACUGAAAGGUAACUUUUAUAAAGCAGCUCUUAUACUGCGAAUGUUUCAUUUUCUCAUACGACGCGCAGCAGUGGAGCGUUAUCAAAGACUGGAGCGUUUUAUUUAGCCCCCCGCCUUUUCCUCUUGGAUGUAUCGCUUGAAGAACUAGGAACGGACCGCGCAGCUCACCGAAGCCGGGAUGAGCGGGACCUCCGCGGGGUCGGCCGCGGCGCCCUGCCGCUUCGCGCACUACUUUGUUAUUUGUGGAAUAGACACAGAAACGGGACUUGAACCGGACGAGUUAGCAGCUUUGCACCGGUGGCUAGAAGCAGACCGCCAAGGCAGGGAUCCAGAUACUGCAUCUGCAGGUGAAAACUUUGAGCAGAGUCCCCUGAAGAGGACAUUCAAGUCCAAAGUUCUGGCACGUUAUCCAGAAAAUGUGGAGUGGAACCCAUUCGACCAGGAUGCUGUUAACAUGCUCUGUAUGCCCAAAGGUUUGUCAUUCAGGACACAGGCAGACCAGCGCGAGCCUCAGUUCCACUCCUUCAUCAUCACCAAGGAGGAUGGAUCUCGAACAUAUGGUUUCGUUCACACCUUUUAUGAGGAGGUGACCAGCCCACAGAUCUGCUCUGCCAUGCAGACUCUCUACCAGAUGCACAAUGCCGAGCAAACAAAUGCCGCUUCUUCCUCCUCCUCUUCUUCCUCCAGCAUGGACUCACUAGCCAGUAGUUUAGAUGAUGGUUACUCCCCCACCUCAUCAUCCUCAUCAUCUUUAUCUCGUGCAGCGGGGAGCUAUGACUCGUCACGGGACACGCUCUAUGUGUCCAAAGCCUUGUGUCUGAUCACGCCUAUGCCCUUCAUGCACGCCUGCCGGCGCUUCCUUGCACAGAUGCACUCUGCUGUCAUAGCUGCAACCGCACCCCCCUUGCCACUGGAGAGCUACGUUUACAACAUCCUGUACGAGGUGCCGCUGCCUGCUCUGGGGCGUUCACUCAAAUUCCACGGCAUAUACGAACCCAUUGUCUGCCAAAGGCCGGGACCAGGAGAGCUUCCCCUGGCCGACUUCCCCCUGGCAGAGGCCUUUUCUCUGCUAGGCGUGGAAAACCUGGUCCAGGUGUUCACCUGCACCUUGCUGGAGAUGCAGAUUCUGCUGUACUCACAGGACUACCAGCGGUUGAUGACAGUGGCAGAGGGCAUCACCACCCUCCUAUUUCCCUUCCAGUGGCAGCACGUCUAUGUUCCCAUCCUGCCAGCCUCCCUCCUUCAUUUCCUAGAUGCACCUGUUCCCUACCUGAUGGGCCUGCAGUCCAAAGAGGGCACUGACCGCUCCAAACUUGAGCUUCCUCAGGAGGCCAACCUGUGUUUUGUGGAUAUUGACAACCACUCCAUCGAGCUUCCAGAGGACUUCCCUCAGUUCCCAAACAAGACCGAAUUCAUCCAGGAGCUCACUGAGGUGUUAUUAAGCUUUGGCUUCUCUGCCAACACUGGCGCCCCGCCCCGGACCCGCUCCAGUCCUGGCAGCACCUCGUCCACCCCAGGAAGGGAACGCAAAUCCGCCACCCUUCGACAGCUAGAGGACGAUGGACGUAAUGGCAAUCUGGCAGGAGAGGAGUUAGUGGUGCUGGAGCUGCUGCAGGGAAAUGCUACGCUGGAGAGACUGCAGGCACUGACUAAACGCACUGGGGUGACUGUGGCACGUGUGGAAGCCCUGAGGGCUGGAGUCAAAGGUCAGCCCACCGACGGAGGAAACCAAACAGGAGGUGAAGAAGAGGAGCUAAGGAAAGCCAAACUGAACGUUCAGCUGAGGGAGGUGUUCGCCAGCCGCUUCACUACCAUGUUUGCAGACUAUGAAUCGUUUGUUAUCCAGAGCGCUCCUGAUCUGGAGUCCUGGCUCACCAACAGGGAGCAGAUGCACAACUUUGACAAGGCUUCAUUCCUGUCAGACCAGCCAGAGCCCUACCUUCCCUUUCUGUCUCACUUCAUCGAGACACAGAUGUUUGCCACCUUCAUCGACAACAAGAUCAUGUCUCAGUGGGAGGAGAAGGAGCCUAUGCUCCAUGUCUUUGACACUCGUAUUGACAAGGCACGCCUCUAUAAUAUCCGUGCUCCCAGUCUCCGGUCGUCCUGCUACCAGAGGUGCUCCAUCCUCAAAGAGUCUGCUCAGGCCAUUGAGCAGCGGCUGAUGAAGAUUGACCACACGGCCAUCCACCCACACCUGCUGGACAUGAAGAUCGGUCAGGGGAAGUACGAGCAGGGGUUCUUCCCCAAACUGCAGACCGAAGUGCUCAACACAGGACCGAGCAAUAACAAGUGGUGUCACAAGGCAACAACAGCUCAGCGCAGAAAAGAUCGCCACAGACAACAAACGGAACAUCUAACCCUUGAUAAUGACCUGAAAGAGGUGGAGGGCUGCCUGGUCCUACAGAAUUCCAUGGCAUUUUGGGAGUGGGACAAUGCAUCCCCUCCUCCUGUCAAACCACCUAAAAAAUCUGCUUCUGCUUCCUGCCUGAAGUACAUGCAGGAGGCCCGCAGCCUCGGGAAGAAUCUGCGACAGCCUAAACUCUCCGACCUGUCGCCUGCCGUGAUCGCCCAGACCAACUGGAAGUUUGUGGAAGGGUUGCUCAAGGAGUGUCGCAUGAAGACCAAGCGUAUGCUGGUGGAGAAGAUGGGCCGCGAGGCGGUGGAGCUGGGUCAUGGCGAGGCCAGCAUCACUGGAUUAGAGGAGAACACUCUGAUCGCCAGUCUGUGUGACCUGCUAGAGAGAAUCUGGAGCCACGGGCUGCAGGUCAAACAGGGGAAGUCUGCUCUGUGGUCUCAUCUGCUGCACUAUCAGGCCCGGGAGGAGAUGCUGGCGCAGCAGGCUGACUCACCAGCGCCUCGCUUUCUUGAGAGGAGGAAGUCUGAUAGUUCCAUAGCGAUGCCUUCUCUGCGUGUGUCUCUCAUUCAGGAUAUGAGGCAUAUCCAGAGUAUGUCAGAGAUCAAGACGGACGUUGGCCGAGCCAGAGCCUGGAUUCGCCUGUCCCUGGAAAAGAAGCUGCUCUCUCAGCAUCUCAAACAGUUGCUGUCGCGACAAGCCUUAACCAAGAAGCUGUACAAACGUUACGCCUUCCUGCGCUGUGAGGAGGAGAAGGAGCAGUUCCUCUUCCAUUUGCUCUCUCUCAAUGCUGUUGACUACUUCUGCUUCACCAGUGUCUUCACCACCAUCAUGAUCCCAUACCGAGUCGUCAUCAUCCCCAUCAAGAAGCUGAGCAACGCUAUGACCACAUCCAACCCCUGGGUGUGCGUCUCAGGGGAACUGGGAGACUCGGGCAUCAUGCAGAUCCCCAAGAACGUAUUAGAAAUGACCUUUGAUUCUGCUUUCAGGCCUCACACGCACAUCUCUGCCAUAUUCAAGUGUCAGAACCUGGGGAAGCUCACCACGGUGCAGCUGGGUCACGAUAAUGCUGGCCUCCUGGCUAAAUGGUUGGUGGACUGUGUGAUGGUGCGGAACGAGAUCACAGGACACACCUACAGGUUCCCCUGCGGUCGAUGGCUCGGUAAGGGUGUGGAUGACGGCAGCCUGGAAAGGGUCCUAAUCGGGGAAUUAGUGUUGCCCAGCGGAGAGGAUGAUUCUGCAAGGGCCUGCCGUACACCCCCGCUACAGCGUUCACCUUCCCAGGGCAGACGCAUCAGCAUCACAUCGCUCACCGGACGAGAUACCAAGCUGAAUUCAGCACAAAUCCAAGAGGGGAUUGGGGAGGCAGUGAACAACAUCAUCAAACACUUCCACAAACCAGAGAAAGAGAGAGGCAGUCUGACUGUUCUGCUGUGCGGCGAGAAUAGCUUGGUCGCGGCUCUGGAACAGUUCUUCCAUCACGGCUUCAAAUCUGCCAGGCUCUUCCAGAAGACUGUGUUUGUGUGGGACUUUGUGGAGAAGGCUGUUGCCUACAUGGAGUCAGCUGACCAGGUGGGAGACCUUCAGGAGACCACUGAGGCCAUGAAGAUGACCUGUCAGUCACUCUGUCAUUACUUCAAUGCGAUCAACUCCACCUCCAGAAACAUCGGCAAGGACGGAAAGUUCCAGUUGUUAGUCUGCCUCGGAGCCAGAGACCGCCUGCUGCCCCAGUGGCUCCCCCUGCUCGUGGAAUGUCCAGUGAUCCUGCAGAUGUAUGAGGACACAGCAAUGCUCAGAGACCCUUCCACUCUCAAUACCCUUAUAAGCGUCCUUGAGACACUGCACGACUUCUCCAUCACACUGGAAGCCUCACUGGUCAAAGGCAUCAACCUUUAGCUCCACAGGACUUUGGUUAAUUUUCUGUCCUCCUCUUCAGUUCACUCUGUCCGUCUAACUGUUAGCUCCUUGGCCUUGUGAUUAGAUGGAUGAUAAGGUUUGGAGGACAUUAAAUUGAAAGGACAAUUUGGAAACCAAAGCAAUAAGUUCCACAUGUUCUCAUGUUGCUUGAUUCUUCAUGAGAGACGUUAAAAUUUGUGGGUGACCCAUGAGCUUGCAUGCAGUAUUUCCACUCUUCCUGUGAAUUUCAAAGACUAUUUAAACAAAAGGUCAGACCAAGGAUCUGUAGUUUUUUACUUGAUGAACUAAUGCUGUUCAUCACAGUGCACAGGUUUCUGCAGACAUAUCAGCUUUUAGAAGCACUUCCUGCCUUCCAUGUAUUUGUUAUUUCAGUACACUUGGAAAAUGACUGUUUGGCUUCCUGCUCACAUUAAACUCAAGCUGCAAGUCAAAAAUCUGUUCCAAAAAGACUUUUGCAAAGCAGUUAUUCACUGUCAUGUUUGAGGGAACUACUUUUUUAUAUUCCCAAAAACUGUUCAUCUGGACGUAGCGGUGGCCAAGCGUACGACUGAAGAAGUCACUUGGAUGAGUGACGAAACGUCCAGAUGAACAGAAUCCACUUUUUGGGAUUUCCUUACCUUGAUGAUUGAGCAUGAAAAUACUUUCUAUAUUGUUUUUGCUUUAAGGUCUUUUCUAGGCUGCAGGAUUGUCGUUGCUGAUAUGAAUCACAGCAUCUUUCUGCCUUAUUGAUUCUCUUAGUGUACUGAAAUAUGGCUGCUUGGAAGAAAAACAAAAAAUUGAGUGCAUGCUGAAAUGACAGCAUAGAGACAUAGCUGUAGCAGCAGACAUGUAACAGCUGUGUGUAGCAUAGCCCCCUUCAGUUGGUACGAGUAGAUGCAUUAUCUUACCUGUAACUGUUGGUUAUAGUAGCAUCAACCUAACUGUUGUUAGCGUGAGCAACAAUGCUUUUGUGCACGGAAAGAGUACGAUGCCAUGAAGAGACUGAGGGAUCACUGACACAAUGACAGACUCAGUGUUAAGAGUUUAACCUGUGGCUAACAUUCCUACCUACAUUAUACAUCUAUGUCUCACUUCACAGAUGUGCGCAUGUAAGAUCAGGUUUUAAGGCUGUGUGCCUUACAAACACAAUUACACCAUCUGCCUACACACAAAUUCAUGUAGGAUUUCUUGCCAGUUUGCCAGUUUCAACAACUAAAUAACAGCUAAACUGUAACACACAGGCUCAUCUAAGAAUGAAAAAUGAAUUUCAGCUGAUUUAUGCCUUUUCCUUGAAACCAGCGUGUGUGGGCCAAAAGUGUGAACUCCUACACUAUGGAGAUACCUGACACAUUAACAAUAUACGACAGAAAUUAAUUCAAGUAUAACAUUAAUGAAUUAAAGUCCUGGCAGUUAUUAAACUUUUCCACAAAACAACAAAACGGUUCUUUCAAAAACAAUAAUCAGUAUACACAGUUCAGCUUUUUACUGCAUUCAUAUCAAACAUCAGGAAUAAGCUGAAAUUUUAGAACGUUUACUUCACGUUUCUAUAAACAAGACUGAGUGUAAUAGCACCCAUUUGUCACCAAUUAGCAUAGGAAGCGAGAAGUAGCAGGUUUAUGGUCUUAACAACUUUCAUGCUUGUGUGUGUGUCAUGAUUCCCGUAAAGUCCCACUUCAAGCCAGUCACAGGUUACGUUUUUAGUCCCUGUGUAACAGCCGCAGUAGCACUGGCUGUUUAUACACUGUUUAAAAUCUAGAUUUUAUUUUUUGUAAUAAAGCAAACUAGCCUAUGCUAAGCUAAAUGUUCUUUAAUUGUUUAAAGGGGUUUUUAUGUAAACUGCAGACUUGGCAUAAAUGGAUGAAUUUCACAAUUAGAAUUGUUAACCUUGUUUUCUGUGGUCCAUAAAUGUGUCAUGAAGGGACGCGCCAUAUUUGUGUUUCACCUCCUCUAAAUGCGCUCAAAAUGUAAAUAUGUUUGGCAGCAGAGAGUAAAAUGUUUGGAAAUGUGUAUCUUGGGCAGAUGUCCUAUCUUUGAACUUUUGCAGCAUUAGCAGUUUUGUGUUGCCUGUUGCUAAAUGGAUACUUUCAGGUGUACAUAUUGUCAACGCACGCUGUCAUUUAAGCUGUAUUCAUGUGGCACUCUAAUGGAUUACAAAUAGCAGGGGAGUUUAUCUGCUUUGUUACGACAAAAUGUGGACACGGUUGCAUUUCUGCUGUUUCCAGAACGGAGUAUGUGAUGGGCAUCCUGCCUUCCUGUGUUUUUAAUUUAUAUUGACUUUGACUGGCUGACAGCAGCACUGGUGUUUUAUGGUGGACAAACCUGUGGAGUAAGUCGAUGCGUCCUAAGCACCUUUAAAGUAACCACUAUUUCUCCUUCAUGUGCCCCUGCUGAUUAACCUGUGGGACUAUUGACAGCUCCAAAGCACAGACAUGGAUUCCUCCACCUCUUCCUGGACGUCUUUAUGUACGGACUAUUUUUCUGGCAGCACCAGAAACGACGUGUGGAAGAUGACCAUCCACCCUAGUAGUCACACUUCAUGCCAGCGUUGGGACUGACUGCUCUCUACUGAUAUUUAUUGUUCCUCAAUAAAACACCGAAGUCUAAGA